CUUCUCCAAGGAGGAGACUGGGGGUGAACGUGUGGAAAACCGGUAGAACACAUUUCAUUUGCAUGUUUUUUGAAGAAUUCAAAGGAUGACAUCCAAUUCAAACUCAGCAGAUGAAGACCAAAUGAACAUCAUGAUGGAUAUGGAAGGAAAUGUUUACUUGCCAAUAAACAAAACUUUUAUGUCUAAAAAGGCCCGGAUUGAGAAGGUGAUGGUAAAGGGAUUAAAUAAAACAAAAGAUGAUAUUGUCCUCAAACAGUUUCCAGGUGUCUUCACAGCAGAGAACUUGUAUGAGGUGUACAGGAAAGCCGAGGAAGCCCGUGAGAGACUUUUAAGACUGGAUAUCUUCAGUGCUACUAAUGUUGAACUGGAUACUGCCAAUGACAGUAGUAAGCCAGAUAGUUAUUCCUUGAUUGUUAAUGUAAAGGAGGGGCGUACAAUGAAUGGAGGAAUGCACAUGAAUUCAGAUCUCAAUGGAAAUAUUACCCCAGAUAUGCAGAUUCACUUUCGCAACCUGUUUGGCCGAGCGGAGAAGACCAUGCUUGACUACCAGUUCUAUUCUUAUGGUGCUUCAACUUCUAGGAUUAACCUCAAAUUUACCAAACCUCUGGGAGGGGAUCCUGAUGUUUUAUAUUCUUUGGGUGUUCAGCAAUACAGAGGAACACAAGAAUGGGCAGGUUUUAAGCAGAUUGACAGAGGGAUUUAUUCCGGUUUAAUGUUCCCAAGUGCAUUUGGUACACACACAUUGCAGUGGAAUGGAUUUUGGAGGGAAGCCAAUUGCCUGAAUCACAAAACUUCUUUCCCUAUACGAGAAAGUAUGGGACAUUCCAUGAAAAGUUCCAUAUCACAUACACUCAUUAGAGACAGAAGGGGAACAUCACCUUUUCCAAAAAGUGGUUACAGACUGAAAACAACACAGGAAUAUGCAGGAGUUGGGGGUGAUGUCAAGUUUUUAAAGAAUGAACUAGAACUAGAAAUGAACAAAUCUCUUCCAUUUGGCGCAAGUUUACAGCUAAAUAUCGGUAGUGGUGUGUUAAGGUCAUUAAAUGGCACAGCAGUCAAAGUUAGUGACAAGUACUUCUUGGGAGGACCACUCAGUUUACGAGGAUUUAAAAUCAAUGGUGUGGGACCAACUAGUGAUGGGAAUUCACUUGGUGCUAAUUCAUAUUGGUUAGGAGGGUUGCAUUUGUACACACCACUGCCAUUCCUCCCCAACCUUGGAGGGAUUGGGAAACAUAUCAAGACACACUGUUUUGUUAAUGCAGGAGGAUUAGUCAAUGUGGAUUUCAACCAGAACUGGGAGCAGAUACUGCAGAAGUACAGAGAAUCUCCACGGGUGUCAUAUGGUGCUGGUCUAGCCAUGCAGAUAUCACUUUUUAGAUUGGAGUUAAACUACUGUGUACCAGUUAAAGUCCAGCCAGGAGACAAUGUGAAUCCAGGGCUUCAGUUUGGAAUAGGUAUCAAAUUUCCAUAGCUGUCAAUUGUCAGCGAAGUGUGCAUACAAUAAUGACUUUUAUAUAACUACACUUGUAUGGAAACCACAGCAUUCCAGUUUUAAGAUCUUUAUGUGACUGUGGCAUCACUAUUUUGUAAAUCAAUGCAUUUUGAUUCAAAGUUUGCAAAAAUAAUUUUUUAACAGAAGCUAUACACUGUCUUUAUUACACAUUGCAUUUAUAAUUGAUAUAUAUAUCUUACAGCCAUACAUUUAGUAGAAACCUAAUUAAACAUAAGAAUAUGACCCAGAAUAUUAUUUAUACCUUGCGGUUUCCAAUCAAUUUUGGUUAUUCCAAUAGCAAUCUUUCCAUGGAUUUGAUAUUUACUCUACCAGACCUUGGGCCCAUAACAUAGCAAGGUGAGACUAUGGCCACAACACUGCCAUUUGCUUGUGAAAUAAAGCCUAUUAAAUAGAGGUUUGUCCUUUUGCCUCUUCUUUUCUGUAUAAAGUGGAAAUGUGUUUUAGGUCUUUUUCUAAUUUUUAAAUUACAUAAUUUAUAAAGUGUUGAAGUAUUUGAUGCUGCUCAGUAUGCCCAUGUGCACUAACAAAUUAAAGACGACCUAAUAAAUGCCAAUCACUUUAAUUACAA